GGUAGGUCCCCCGCUAAGACGGUGCUUUUACGUCACGCAUGACGCAAAUAAGCGUAAGAGCCGGGGGUGGAGAUGUCGUCACCACCCGCCCUGGGUUAGCCAAGUUGCCGCGAGAGGGGCGUAUAGACCCCGCCUCGUAGGUGGGUGGGGAGUGGCAGGCUCCGCCUUGGCCCCUCUGGCAAGCUCCGGCCAGCGUCGCUGCGGCUCUGGCAGCGGAGCCAGCGCGCGGAGCCUGGAAGGAUGCGGCGCCUGCGGCGGCCUGGGGGUCCCGGGGCAUCCGGGGGUCUCCGGGUGCUCCUCUGCCUCCUGCUGCUGAGCAGCCGCCUGGGAGGCUGCAGCGCCAUUAGUGCCCACGGCUGUCUGUUUGACCGCAGACUCUGCUCUCACCUGGAAGUCUGCAUUCAGGAUGGCUUGUUUGGACAGUGCCAGGUGGGAGUGGGGCAGGCCCGGCCCCUUUUGCAAGUCACCUCCCCAGUUCUUCAACGCUUACAAGGUGUGCUUCGACAGCUCAUGUCCCAAGGAUUGUCCUGGCAUGAUGACCUCACCCAGUACGUGAUCUCCCAGGAGAUGGAACGCAUCCCCAGGCUUCGCCCCCCAGAGCCCCGUCCAAGGGACAGAUCUGGCUUGGUGCCCAGGAGACCAAGUCCCGCUGGGGAGCUGCUUUUACAGGGCAUCCCCACUGGCUCCGCCCCUGCUGCCCAGCACCGGCUUCCUCGACCUCCAGUGGGCGGGGCCGGAGCUGGGGCAGGCUCCCCGCUGUCCCCUCUGCAGGCUGAGCUGCUGCCCCCUCUCUUGGAGCAUCUGCUGCUGCCCCCGCAGCACCCCCACCCUGCCCUGAGUUAUGAACCUGCCCUGCUGCAACCCUACCUGUUCCAUCAGUUUGGCUCCCGCGAUGGCUCCCGGGGCUCCGAGAGCUCCCCAGGGAUGGUCAGUGUUGGCCCCCUGCCCAAGGCCGAACCCUCUGCCCUCUUCAGCAGAGCUGCCUCCAAGGGCAUGUUUGGGGCUCACCCUGGCCACUCCUAUGGGGACCCUCCAGGGCCUCCACCUGCUCAGCUUUUCCAGGAGUCAGGGCUGCUCUACCUGGCCCAGGAGUCGCCAGUGCCCAGCAGGGCCAGGGCACCAAGGCUGCCAGAGCAAGGGGGCGGCAGCCGGGCAGAGGACUCCUCAGAGGGCUAUGAAGAGGAAGGACUAGAGGGUCGUGGGGAGAAGCCUCCUUCCCCAGCAGAGCAGCCAGACGCAACCCUGCAGAGGCUGGCAGCCGUGCUGGCGGGCUAUGGGGUGGAGCUGCGUCAGCUGACCCCUGAGCAGCUCUCCACCCUCUCAACUCUGCUGCAGCUGCUGCCCAAAGGCUCAGGACGAACUCUGGGAGGGGUUCUAAACGUUGGAGCUGACAUCAAGAAAACCGUGGAGGAGCAGGUGCAGGGCGGAGACACGGCCGAGCCUCUGCCCCCCACGCCCUCCCUGCCUGGGUACCCCACUGCCAGCCCCACCUCCGAUAAAGCCCAGCAGGUGCUGAGCUCUGGAUCCUCUGAGCCUCUCAGAGCUGCUGGCUCCUCUGCCACGCCUGUCCUGCUGGAGAAGAAAAGUCCACUGGGCCAGAGCCAGCCCACGGUGUCAGGGCAGCCCUCAGCUCGGCCAUCAGCGGAGGAGUAUGGCUACAUCGUCACUGACCAGAAGCCCCUGAGUCUGGCCGCCGGAGUGAAGCUGCUGGAGCUCCUGGCCGAGCACGUGCACGUGUCCUCAGGCAGCUUCAUCAACAUCAGUGUGGUGGGACCAGCCCUCACCUUCCGCAUCCGGCACAAUGAACAGAACCUGUCUUUGGCUGAUGUGACCCAGCGAGCUGGGCUGGUGAAGUCCGAACUGGAAGCACAGACAGGGCUCCAGAUCUUGCAGACAGGAGUGGGACAGAGGGAGGAGGCGGCUGCAGCCCUUCCCCGACCGGCCCACAGCUCCUCUCCCAUGCGCUCCGUGCUGCUUACUCUGGUGGCCCUGGUGGGUGUCACCGGGCUGCUGGUGGCUCUGGCAGUGGCUCUGUGUGUGCGGCAGCAUGCACGGCAGCGGGACAAGGAGCGCCUGGCAGCCCUGGGACCCGAGGGGGCCCAUGGAGACACUACCCUUGAGUACCAGGACCUGUGCCGCCAGCACAUGGCCACAAAGUCCCUGUUCAACCGGGCAGAGGGUCCGCCCGAGCCUUCUCGGGUGAGCAGCGUGUCCUCCCAGUUCAGCGAUGCGGCCCAGGCCAGCCCCAGCUCCCACAGCAGCACGCCGUCCUGGUGUGAGGAGCCCGCCCAGGCCAACAUGGACAUCUCCACGGGACACAUGAUUCUGGCGUACAUGGAGGACCACCUGCGGAACCGGGACCGCUUGGCCAAGGAGUGGCAGGCCCUGUGUGCCUACCAGGCGGAGCCCAACACCUGUGCCACCGCCCAGGGGGAGGGCAACGUCAAAAAGAACCGCCACCCCGACUUCCUGCCCUAUGACCACGCCCGCAUCAAGCUGAAGGUGGAGAGCAGCCCUUCCCGGAGCGAUUAUAUCAACGCCAGCCCCAUUAUCGAGCACGACCCUCGGAUGCCAGCCUACAUAGCCACACAGGGCCCGCUGUCCCACACCAUUGCAGACUUCUGGCAGAUGGUGUGGGAGAGUGGCUGCACCGUCAUCGUCAUGCUGACCCCACUGGUGGAGGAUGGCAUCAAGCAGUGUGACCGCUACUGGCCAGACGAGGGCUCCUCCCUCUACCAUGUAUAUGAGGUGAACCUGGUGUCGGAGCACAUCUGGUGCGAGGACUUCCUGGUGCGCAGCUUCUACCUGAAGAACGUGCAGACCCAGGAGACGCGCACGCUCACGCAGUUCCACUUCCUCAGCUGGCCGGCAGAGGGCACUCCGGCCUCCACGCGGCCCCUGCUGGACUUCCGCAGGAAGGUGAACAAGUGUUACCGGGGCCGCUCCUGCCCCAUCAUUGUGCACUGCAGUGACGGUGCAGGGAGAACGGGCACUUACAUCCUCAUCGACAUGGUACUGAACCGCAUGGCGAAAGGAGUGAAGGAGAUUGACAUCGCUGCCACCCUGGAGCAUGUCCGUGACCAGCGCCCUGGCCUCGUCCGCUCUAAGGACCAGUUUGAAUUUGCCCUGACAGCUGUGGCGGAGGAGGUGAAUGCCAUCCUCAAGGCCCUGCCCCAGUGAGAGCCCUGGGCCCUCUGUGGGCAUCCCGGCCUCCGCUCCCUCUUUGCCUGUGCGAGCAUCUCUCUGUGUACCCACUCCUCGCUCCCCCACCCGCUACCUUGG